CUCCGUGCUGCGCUCUCAGAGUCGGCGCGGUCGGGAACGCGGAGAGGCGCGCGCACCGCACCCGGGCCACCUUAAGGCCCCGCUCGCCAGCCUCGGCGGGGCGGCUCCCGGCGCUGCAACCAAUGGAUCGCCUCCUCUGUUUAAAUAGACUUGCGGUGUCAAUCAUUUUCUUCUUCGUCAGCCUCCCUUCCACCGCCAUAUUGGGCCACUAAAAAAAGGGGGCUCGUCUUUUUCGGGGUGUUUUUCUUCCCCUCCCCUCUCUCUACUUUCUCGCCACUCCGAGAUUCUGACGCCGGCAAGGUUUGGAGGCGGCUUGGUUCGCGGGACCUGCGGGCUAGCACCAGCCGGGACUUGGACUGGCUUUUCCAUCUCCUCCUCCUGCCUCCUCCCCUCCGCUCCCCACCCUCCGGCUCGCCCGCACUCUUGAUCUGCGGAGAUUGUCGGCGCUGCCUCUCCGGGGCUUCCCCUUCCCCCCUCCCCCAGACCCAGUGCGCUCCUGAAGCCCGGGCAGCUGCUUGUUGGUGUUUGUUGCUCUUGGCUCCGAGGGCAAUCGCAGGGCUUAUAAAAGGGGGUUGGGUUGGAUUGGGGCGUUUUGUUUUGUUCAGUUUUGUUUUUUUGAGAGCGCGAGAGAGUCGGUAGUAAAGACCCGGGAGGAAAAUGUCAAACGUGCGAGUGUCUAACGGGAGCCCGAGCCUGGAGCGGAUGGACGCCAGGCAGGCAGAGUACCCCAAGUCCUCCGCCUGCAGAAACCUCUUCGGCCCCGUGAACCACGACGAGUUAACCCGGGACUUGGAGAAGCACUGCAGGGACAUGGAAGAGGCAAGCCAGCGCAAGUGGAAUUUUGAUUUUCAGAAUCACAAGCCCUUGGAGGGGAAAUACGAGUGGCAAGAGGUGGAAAAGGGCAACUUGCCCGAGUUUUACUACAGACCCCCACGGCCACCCAAAGGCGCCUGCAAGGUGCCCGCGCCCGAGAGCCAGGAUGUCAGCGGGAACCGCCAGGCGGUGCCUUUAAUUGGGUCGCCAGCAAACUCAGAGGACACACAUUUGGUUGACCAAAAAACUGAUACAGCAGACAGCCAGACGGGGUUAGCGGAGCAGUGCAAUGGGAUAAGGAAACGAUCUGCAACAGACGAUUCUGCUCCUCAAAACAAAAAAGCCAACAGAACAGAAGAAAACGUUUCAGACGGUUCCCCGAACGCCGGUUCAGUGGAGCAAACGCCCAAGAAGCCGGGCCUCAGAAGACGUCAAACGUAAAUCAUUUGAAUUAAGAAUAUGUUUCCUUGUUUAUCAGAUACAACACGGCUUGAUGAAGCAAGGAAGAUUUAAAUGAAAAAUUUUAAAUACAUAUCGUUGACUCCAUGGAAUGGACAUCCUGUAUAAGCACUGAAAAGCAACAACACAAUAACACUAAAAUUUUAGGCACUCUUAAAUGAUCUGCCUCUAAAAGCAUUGGAUGUAGCAUUGUGCAAUUAGGUUUUUCCUUAUUUGCUUCAUUGUACUACCUGUGUAUAUAGUUUUUAUCUUUUAUGUAGCACAUAAACCUUGGGGAAGG